CCCCGGCAGGCCGCAGCUUCGCCAUGCUCCACCCCGUCCCGAUGCACGCCGUCCUGGCGGCGCUCCUGGCCACGGCCGUGCUAGAGGCCGCGGCCGGCGUGGACGACGCCUGCCUGUCGUGCCUGUGCCAGGCCGCCACUGGAUGCGACGCGAACCGCGACUGCGACGGCGACACUUGUGGCAUGUUCGCCAUCUCCCGGCAGUACUGGAAAGACGCCGGCGAGCCCGGCGGAGACUUUGAGACGUGUGCUCUGGACCCGGCUUGCGCGACGCAGUGCGUCCAGGGGUAUUUGCAGCGCUUCGCGAGGGACUGCGACGGCGGCGUCGGCUGCGCGGACUACAGCCGCAUUCACCACCUCGGCCGCGAGGGCUGCAGCGACGCCCUGGACGGCGACUUCGCGCGCCGCCUGGACACCUGCAACGCCUCCAUCCCGCUCGGCGACUUCUACGCGCGCGCCGUCGCGAGGCCCUCCCGGCAGGAUCGUCAGGGGAACUCGUGGAGCGGCGGCGGCGGAAACACUGCGCCUCGGCAGCCUUCCGGGGGAAGUCAGGGAAGUCCCAGCUUCAACUUCAGCCCCAGCCUGAGCUUGAGCCGGACCGUGACGGUGAACCCCACGUACCAAAGUGGCUCCACGCCGGGCAAUCAGUACCAGGGCGGAACCAGUGGCUACCAGUCUGGCUAUGAAAGGAACGGGGGCUACCAGAGCGGCGCCACCGGCUACAACUCGGUGUCCGGCUACCAGAGCGGGGGCUACCAGAGCGGAGCCUACGAGGAGGGUGGUGGUUCUUCUUUGUGGUCAGGGCGGCGUCGGGUUGGCGGCUACAGAGGGGGCAGCGGCUACGGCCAGUCCGAGUCCGGCUGGACCGGAGCGUACGGGCAGCAGGGCAGUGUGCUGUGGGGGGCUGGAGAGGGCUACCGCCCCUACAGUGGUGGGGCGUACUCAAGAAAUGGCGCGGUUUCGGCGUCUCGCGGCGUGUCUGCCAACUGUCUCAACUGCAUCUGCAACGCCCUGACCGGGUGCGAUCCGUACGCCGACUGCAGCAACGGUGGCUGCGGGGCCUUCAAACUCUCGCUGGCCUACUGGCAGGACUGCGGCUCCCCAGGACAAUCCUACGAGUACUGCACGCGUGACUACUCUUGUUCCAGCUCCUGCGUCCAAACUUAUGUCUACAAGUACGCUCAGGACUGCAACGGCGACGGGGUUGUCGACUGCCGAGACUACGCUCGAAUUCAUCGCCUGGGUGGCUUCGGGUGCCGAGGGUCUCUCGACUGGUCGUACAGAACGCGCGUUGACGCAUGCUCAGCCUACUGAAGCAGGUGGAAGUCGAAAUACAAGCAAGCUAGGUGCGAGGCGGCCUGUCACUAGCUGUCGCGCGCGCCGGGAGGGUAGGCCACCCAUCCGACCAUGAAAUGGCCAGUGUUGUAAAAUUUUAAGAUCAUGAAUGUGUUACUGACCCUGACCUUGAUUCUGUGGCACUUCAGCCAGGGUCUCAGAGCAAUCUGCCCUCACUUGAAGAGCUUCACUAAUCCAAUCAAGGUAGGGACCACUUGUAUGGGUUGGUGAUGGGGGGAAGGUAGCAGUAAGAUGAAGACAGAAAAUUGUCAAAUCAAUACAUUUAUUUAGUAAUGCUUGUGAUGAGUGAAUUAAAAAAAUUCAUGAGAAAAUCGGAAUGAUUUGUACAAAGUGCACAAUAAAAAUGCAGGUACCAGUUA